GCAGCUGAUUGUUUUGACAAGGUGUCACAUUGCCUUGAUGGUCUAGAGAAAGGGUGGAUUCGUAUUGACGGAAAGCUUCAAUGUGUGGAACCGAGGGCUGUGGUACUUGGAAGGAAACGUAUAAUAGCAAAGUGCAACAAUAAGAAAAGAAUUACUGAAAAGCCGGAGGCCUUCUAUUAUGUUUCCAUCAUAAAAACUAUAGAGAUGCAGUUGUCGGGUUCCAGUGAGAUAUUGAAUAUGGUUUACGGAGGUUCUGUACUGCCCCGAGAACAAGGUGUGAUGGAGGACUUUACUGAUGCCACAAUUGUUCAUACCCACCCUCUUUUUUCCAUAGAUGACAGGUCACUCAAAAUACUAUUGUACUAUGAUGAUGUAAAUGUUGUCAAUCCACUAACAAACAAAGUUCAUAAAAUUGGAUUCUUUUAUUAUCAGUUAGCAAAUAUAUGUUGCAAGCAUAGAUCUAAAUUGAAAUCAAUUCAUCUAUUUGCAACUUGCAAAGUAGAUUAUAUAAAGAAAUAUGGCAUAGAUGAGAUACUUAAACCCUUACUGGAGGAACUGAAGAUCUUAGCAGGUGAUUCAGAUUAUGGAUAUCCCUUUCAAGUUGCUGGUGGGCACCUUUAUUUGCAUGGCUCUGUUCUGGCUUUCCUGGCAGAUACACCAGCUAGCCAGUCACUGGGUGGAUAUAAAGAGGGUGUUGGUGGAGCACACCGCAAGUGCCGUCACUGCAUGACAGAUUGGGAAACUAUGCAAGAGCAUUUUACAGAGGAGGAAUUUCUUCUUCGGGAUAAUGAUCUUCACGAACAACAGCUAUCUGACAUUGAAAAUGCUGGCUCACCAUUCUUAGAAAAAUAUUUUUCUAAACAAUAUGGCAUCAAUCGAAGAUCUAUUUUGACCAACUUCCCAGACUUUGAUGUCACUAAACAGUUGCCACAAGAUAUAAUGCAUAUCUUCCUAGAAGGAAUUCUCUCUUAUGAAAUUAAGUUUUUGCUGAAACACUAUUUUCAUUGUGGAAAAAUCACACUGGAUCAACUGAACACAAAACUCCAGAACUUCCCUUAUGGUUAUUCUAAUGUGAAAGACAAACCAGCACCCAUAAAACAAGAUAAUUUGGAAUUUAAAGACAAUAGUAACCUUGGCCAGAGUGCAGCGCAGAUGUGGGAGCUUUCAAGAAUUCUUCCUCUUGUUUUGGAAGACAUCACAGACGAGGAUAGUCCCCACUGGAAAUGCUUUAUGUCCCUCCUUGAAAUAAUGGGAAUCUGCUUUUCACAGAAGAUAAGCUGUAAUGCAGUUUUAAACCUUAAGCGAAUCAUAAAAGAACAUUUGACUCUUUUUAAAGAAACCUAUGGGGCAAGAAUUUUACCAAAACAACACUACUUAGUACACUUACCAUCUCAGUUAUUGAUGUUUGGUCCUCUCAUUAGGACAUGGUGCAUGAGGUUUGAAGCGAAACAUGCUUACUUUAAGGACAUUGCAAGGAGGCUUAAAAAUUUUAAGAACCUCCCUCUUUCUCUUGCAAAACGACAUCAGCAUAUGGAAUGUGCUGAUAUGUUACCAAUUGAUGAUGAUGAUCCGUGUUCUUUGUUUAAGAAUGAUUUUCACUUAGGAAAGGCCAAGGCACUAUAUGGAGACAAGGAGAAGGAUGCAAAGUGCCUUAUUAAACGAUUUUAUGAAACUGACCUUGAGGAAGUUUGCAUGUUUGAAUCAAACUCGGUGAUAGUUUAUGGCACACAGUAUGUCUGUGGGAAAAACAAUUAUUUGUUGCUUGGGCUGAAUGAUGAGGGACUUCCAGAGUUUGCAAAAAUUAUAAAAAUAUGGUAUGCUUUACAAAUGAAUGAUCCUUUUCUUGUAACUGAGGUUAUGGUGUGUCAAAAAUAUUGUGACAGACUUGGAGCUUAUAAGAUAUGCAAUUCUGAUGUUCCUCAAGGUUACCAAGUGACAAUACAUUCUGAUCUUUACAGCCACCAAGUAUUUCAUGCUACCAAUAUCAAAGGCAGCAUGUACAUUGCAGCAAAGGAAAAUUUUUUAGUUGCUGUUUAA